GCGCUACCGCCCCCCGACGUGGGAAGAGCGAAGUUCUUGGUCUGCGCUCCCUUCCCUCCAGGGCGCCCUCCCCCUCCAGGAGCCUGGGUCCCCAAGGUGGCCGCGGCGCCUGGACCUCAGGCCAGGCUGCGGGGGGGAGGGGGCGGCCUAGAGGCAGUGGCGGGGUCAGUCGGGCCGCUGAAAGCGGGGCCAUGGAGCUCAGGGAGUCGGGGAAGCUUCAACAAGACUGGAUGGAUUGUCGUUGUCCCACACCAAAAGAGGGAAAGAAUAAUGAGGCUCCUGUGACCUUUGAUGACAUCACAUUGUACUUGCUCCAGGAAGAAUGGAUGCUGCUGAGUCAGCAGCAAAAGGAGAUCUAUGGUUCUGACAAGCUGGUGGCGCCACUGGGACCAACUGUUGCCAAUCCAGAGCUGUUCUGUAAGUUUGGGCGAGGACCAGAGUCAUGGCUAGGCAAUGUCGAAAGUCAGAGGAGUCUUCUGGACCAUCACCCAGGAAAAACACAGAUGGGCUAUAUGGAAGAAAUGGAUAUUCAAGGUCCUGCCAGAGAAAGUGGACGAUACACCCCGCCUGAGAGGAAAGCCUGCCUUUCCCACUUCAGUACAAAGAAGGGCAACAUUGAGGGAAACUGGACAGGAAGAAGCAAGAAACUCUUGAGGCCACGAUCUAUCCAGAAGUCAUGGUUUGCACAGUUUCCAUGGUUGAUCAUGAACAAGGAACAGACAACUCUGUUUUGCUGUGCUUGCCGAGAAUAUCCAUCUGUCAGGGACAGACGUUCAAGAUUAAUAGAAGGUUAUACAGGACCAUUUAAAGUAGAGACGCUUAAAUACCAUGCCAAGAGCAAAGCUCAUAUGUUCUGUGUCAAUGCCUUGGCGGCAAGGGACCCCAUUUGGGCAGCUCGUUUCCGAAGCAUCAGAGAUCCAUCUGGAGAAGUACUGGCCAGCACAGAGCACCUCUUCACUGCAGAUUAUCCCCUAUUCUAUCCCCCAGGGUCUCUGGGAGAUUUCAGUAGCAUGACUGAGCUCCUGCCAAGCCCAAGAGCUGAACUAGAGGACCCUGGAGGGAAUGGAACAAUUCCUUCUUUGUAUCUAGACUGCAUUUCAGAUUUGAGGCAAAAAGAAAUCACUGAUGACAGCAACAUCUCCUCAAAUAUUAAUAUCUUAUGUAAUGGUGCUAUUGAAUCCUGCAGUCAGGACCUUUCUGAAGAGGGGCUGUUGGAGGUCCCUGUGUUGAAGGAGCUCCCGUUGGUGUUCGAGGAUGUGGCAGUGUAUUUCACACGGGAGGAGUGGGGCAUGUUAGACAAGCGGCAAAAGGAGCUGUACAGAGAUGUGAUGCGCAUGAACUAUGAGCUCUUGGCAUCCCUGGAGCCUGCAGCUGCCAAACCAGACUUGAUCUCCAAAUUGGAAAGGAGAGCUGCACCCUGGAUAAAGGAUCCAAAUGGGCCCAAGUGGGGAGAAGGUCAUCCUCCAGGGAAAAAGAUGGUGGCUGUAAGAGAGGUAGACACACAGGCUGUGGCUGUGGACUCUGCACCACUUCCAGCUCCUUCUGUGGAGCCGUGUACCUCCUACUGCAGCUCCAGCAUCUGUGACGUAGAAGUGGAUGGGCCCAGGAAAACCAAGAGGACUUACAGACCCCGUUCCAUUCAGAGGUCAUGGUUUGGGCAGUUCCCAUGGUUAGUAAUUGAUCCCAAAGAGACCAAGCUCUUUUGCUCAGCUUGCAAAGAAAAACCCAAUCUCCAUGACAAAUCAUCUCGGUUAGUAAGAGGUUACACUGGGCCUUUUAAAGUGGAGACUUUAAAAUACCAUGAAGUCAGCAAAGCACACAGGCUCUGUGUCAACACCAUUGAAAUCAAAGAAGACACCCCCCAGACUGCCCUCAUCCCAGAGAUCUCCAGCGACCUCAUGGCAAACAUGGAGCACUUCUUCAAUGCUGCCUACUCCAUCGCAUACCACUCAAGGCCUCUGAAUGACUUUGAGAAAAUCCUGCAACUCCUCCAAAGCACUGGGACCGUGAUUUUAGGCAAGUACCGAAACCGCACCGCAUGCACUCAGUUCAUCAAAUACAUCUCAGAGACCCUGAAGAAGCAGAUCCUUGAUGAUGUCCGGAGCUCCCCCUGCAUGAGCCUUUUGCUGGACAGCUCCACUGACACCUCUGACCAGGCCUGUGUAGGGAUUUAUAUCCGCUACUUGAAGCAGAUGGAGGUGAAGGAGUCGUACAUCACCCUGGCCCCGCUCUAUAGUGAGACAGCAGAUGGGUACUUUGAGACCAUUGUUUCUGUCCUGGAUGAGCUGGACAUCCCUUUCCGGAAGCCUGGCUGGGUAGUGGGCCUGGGAACAGAUGGCUCAGCCAUGCUGAGCUGUAGAGGAGGCCUUGUGGACAAGUUCCAGGAGGUCAUCCCCCAGCUGCUGCCUGUGCACUGUGUGGCGCACAGGCUGCACCUGGCCGUGGUGGAAGCAUGUGGGAGCAUCGAUCUGGUGCGGAAGUGUGACCGGCAUAUCCGUACCAUAUUCAAAUUUUAUCAGUCCUCAAACAAGAGGCUGAGCGAGCUGCAGGAAGGUGCAGCUCCCCUGGAGCAGGAGGUCCUCCGCCUGAAGGACUUGAACGCUGUCAGGUGGGUAGCCAGUAAGAGGCGCACACUGAAUGCUCUCCUUGUGAGCUGGCCUGCCCUUGCUAGGCACCUCCAGAGCGUGGCAGAGGCUGGGGGCCAGGUUGGGCAGAGGGCCAAGGGUAUGCUAAAGCUGUUGAAGGGCUUCCACUUCGUCAAAUCCUGCCACUUCCUUCUGGACUUCCUGAGCAUUUACAGGUCUCUGUCUGAGGUGUGCCAGAAGGAGAUCGUGCUGGUCACAGAGGUGAAUGCCACACUGGGCCGGGCCUACAUAGCACUAGAGACCCUCCGUCACCAGGCUGGGCCCAAAGAGGAAGAGUUCAAUGCCAGCUUCAAGGAUGGCUGGCUCCAUGGCAUCUUCUUGGACAGAGUGGAGAUGGCAGAACAGCGGUUCCAGGCAGACAGGGAGAGAGUAGUGCUCACUGGGAUUGAAUACCUCCAGCAGAGGUUUGAUGCAGACCGUCCCCAGCAGCUCAAGAACAUGGAGGUGUUUGAUACUAUGGCCUGGCCAAAUGGGAUUGAACUUGCCACUUUUGGGAAUGAUGAUAUUCUCACCCUUGCCAGGUAUUUCAAGCUCUCUCUCCCUGCAGGAUACAGUGAGGAAGCUCUGUUGGAGGAGUGGCUGGGCCUGAAAUCCAUCUCCCAGAACCUCCCAUUCUCCAUGCUGUGUAAAAACACCCUGGCCCAGCAUUACAGCUUCCCCUUGCUGAGCAAGCUCAUGGCUGUGGUGGUCUGUUUGCCUGUCUCCACCUCCUGCUGUGAGCGAGGCUUCAAGGCCAUGAGCCGAAUCAGGACUGAUGAGAGGACCAAGCUCUCCAAUGAGGUGCUCAACAUGCUCAUGAUGACAGCUGUGAAUGGCGUGGCAGUCACAGAGUAUGACCCCCAGCCUGCCAUCCAGCACUGGUACCUGACCUCCUCAGGCCGACGUUUUAGCCACGUCUACACCUGUGCCCAGGUGCCAGCCCGCUCCCAUGAGAGUGUGGAGCUCAGAAAGAAGGAGCCGGGUGCUCUCUGUGUUGGGGGGUCCGGGACCAAGGAGCCACUCAUUCUGCCCCCCAGGGAGGCAGUGGAAGUUCGGGAGGACUGCAUCACAGACCCUUCUGGGCUAUACCCCAGCACCAGUCUGGGGCGCCCUGGCAUGUCCUGAGGGAGGGGAAUCCUUGGCAUUGCCUUGGAGAUGCCUCUGCAAUCAUGGAGACAGGCUCUCUGAAGAUGCUAGUCUUCCCUAGUCUUUCUUCGGUGGGGACACUCUUUAAGCACUAGGAAGUGGAUAGUGACAAGGUAGCAGAAGGCUGUAUGCCAGAGAGGCAAGGGAGCCAUCAGGCCCUGCAAGCACAGUAGUGCUUCACAGUAUAUCGUAUGCUAAAAAGGUUCUUAGCUCAAGUUCUUUUUUUUUUCUGAGACAGAGUCUCACUAUGUCAUCAUUGAUAGAGUACCGUGGUGUCACAGCUCACAGCAACCUCAAACUCUUGGGCUUAAGUGAUUCUCUUGCCUCAGCCUCCCAGGGAGCUGGGACUACAGGCAUCUGCCACACGCCCAGCUAUUUUUUUGUUGCAGUUGUCGUUUUUGCUGACCCAGGCCGGGUUCGAACCCACAAGCCUUGGUGUAUGUGGCUGGCACCCUACCCACUGAGCUACGGGUGCCACCCAGCUCAAGUUCUUUUUUAAGGUGCUCCAGGAAAUAAUCACAUCAUGAAAGAUUUCACCCCCUGUUCUAGUGGCAAGAAGACUUUCCUGAAGUGGGAGAGACUGUUGGGUCAGGGGCUUAAAGCAGCACCCAGACUUCUGGGCAUUCCUGGGGAACAUUCCAGAGAGGCUGCCCAUAAUCUAAGUGGCAAGGGGGAAAGACCCCUUUCUUAGGAUAGAAGAUGACUCCAUUUUAGGGACAGUUGGCUUGGCUGCAAGAGUUCCCAAGAGUCACUAUUCUGGGGUCUCUCGCCCUGGCUCUCAUGGCUCAGGUGGGGAGCUUGUAUCAGGGAGUUCCUCUGCCUCCUCCCAGGGCUUCCUUCAGAACAAACAAACAAAACCUUUGCACAGAGCACCCAAGAGAGGUUCUCUUCCCACAGCUCCGAACAGUGCAACCAGUAUCCUAUGUGACACGGAGUCCGGCACCUCCCACACUGGAGCACUAUCUGACCCACAGUCCACGAGCUCAUGUUCCUCAGGAGUGAGCAGGCCCAUGAUGGAGCUGGGAGGCUAGGGAUGAAGCCCCAACUCUGCUACAGGCAGUGCUUAACUGUAAUUAAUCCCUUCUUCUUUUCUGUGCUUCAGUUUCCCUCUUCAUGGAGUGGCAGCAGAGAAUCCACAUGUUUGCUGCCUCCUUGUCUGCCAUAGGGUUAGUGAGUGACAGAUCCUUGAGCUUCUUGAAAGAAAGACCUCGGCCUGCACAGUGUGGACUUA